ACCACUCUCUCUUUCUCUUUAGAUUCUCUCUCUACAGAGAAUUCGAUUUUUUUUUUCUGAUCUGAGAAAAAAUGGCGAACGGAGCUAAUAGAGUGGAUCUAGAUGGAAAACCGAUAAAACCGAUCACAAUAUGCAUGAUCGGAGCCGGAGGUUUCAUCGGUUCACAUCUCUGUGAAAAGCUAAUGACGGAGACGCCUCACAAGGUGCUUGCGCUUGAUGUUUACAACGAUAAGAUCAAACACUUGCUUGAGCCAGAUACCGUUGAAUGGAGUGGUCGGAUCCAGUUUCAUCGUAUCAAUAUUAAGCAUGAUUCGAGGCUUGAAGGUCUUAUUAAGAUGGCGGAUCUGACUAUAAAUCUUGCUGCGAUCUGUACUCCUGCUGAUUACAAUACACGUCCUCUUGAUACUAUCUACAGCAAUUUCAUUGAUGCGCUUCCAGUUGUUAAAUACUGUUCUGAGAACAACAAGCGUCUCAUUCACUUUUCUACCUGUGAAGUGUAUGGAAAAACCAUUGGUAGCUUUCUUCCUAAGGAUCAUCCUCUGCGUGAGGAUCCUGCUUUCUAUGUUCUUAAAGAAGAUAUUUCCCCUUGCAUAUUUGGUUCAAUUGAGAAGCAGAGAUGGUCAUAUGCAUGUGCAAAGCAACUGAUUGAGAGACUUGUUUACGCUGAGGGUGCUGAGAAUGGACUUGAGUUCACCAUUGUAAGACCUUUUAACUGGAUUGGACCUAGGAUGGAUUUCAUCCCCGGCAUUGAUGGUCCUAGCGAAGGUGUCCCACGUGUCCUUGCCUGUUUUAGUAAUAAUCUUCUACGUCGUGAGCCUCUCAAGCUUGUGGAUGGUGGAGAAUCACAGAGAACUUUCAUCUACAUCAAGGAUGCUAUCGAAGCUGUCCUUUUGAUGAUUGAAAACCCAGAGAGGGCAAAUGGCCAUAUCUUCAAUGUGGGCAAUCCGAACAACGAAGUUACAGUACGACAGCUAGCUGAAAUGAUGACUGAGGUUUACGCAAAAGUGAGUGGAGAAGGAGCCAUUGAGAGCCCGACGGUUGAUGUUAGCUCCAAAGAGUUUUACGGGGAAGGUUAUGAUGACAGUGACAAGAGAAUCCCAGACAUGACCAUCAUUAACCGCCAGCUCGGAUGGAACCCGAAAACAUCGCUGUGGGACUUGCUCGAGUCGACCUUAACCUAUCAGCACAGGACCUAUGCUGAAGCUGUGAAGAAAGCAACAUCCAAACCAGUGGCUUCCUAAACUCUCCAAGAACCCAAGUUACCAACAAGACUCAUUAAACACGCAUCAUUUUG